CUGAUUUUCAUUUUCCCAAUUGUUUUUUCCCAUUUUCUGAACAUCAAAAAGCUCUCUCUUUAUGCGCGUGCGCGUGUGUAUAUAUAUGUUCAGGAGAAGGAUUGCAAACAACAAUUUGUUAGUAUUUGUAUUUGAACAAGAAAAUUUUGAAUUACAUUGAACACUCAAUCUGUUGCUUUAGCUAGAAAAGGAGAGAUUUCUUAGCUUUCAGAUUAUCCGAUACCCUUCUUGUGGGAACUACUUUGGUAAUGUUGAAGCUAUUGUGUUGUUAUAGGUGAGAGCUUGUUGUGCGAAAACCCCCUUGUAUUGACAGAAAAAUGGGGGAUCACUUCGUGUUGCUGGUUGAUCGUUUGCUUACUGAGUCGACUCUGGAGGCUGCAAUCGAGAGUGGAUUGAAGCAUGCAGUUCCCAUCACUGUUGAUGAAGAAGCAAUUGACUAUUCGUACCAGAGAGAUUCUGAGGCUAGCUUGUCUCCGAGGAAGGUGGUCGAGUGCAGGAUAUGCCAGGAUGAAGGUUUUGAUUCGAGCAUGGAGGCUCCUUGCUCAUGCUCUGGAAGCUUGAAGUAUGCUCAUCGUAGAUGUGUACAAAAGUGGUGCAACGAGAAGGGUGACACCAUGUGUGAGAUAUGCCAUCAGCAAUUCAAGCCAGGAUACACUGCACCGCCUCCAAUUUUCCGUUUUGGUGGACUUCCUAUGAACUUGAGAGGGAAUUGGCAAAUUGCCAGAACAGAUUUGAACAAUCCGCGCAUUAUUGCAAUGGUCGCUGCUGAUCAUAGCUUCCUCGAUCCUGAAUACGACGAGUACGCUGCUUCCACAUCUCGAAGCAUAGUCUGCUGCCGCACAGUAGCCAUAAUAUUUAUGUUGCUCCUGAUUAUGCGGCAUACUCUUCCAAUAGUCGUGAGUCGAGCAGGGAAUUAUCCUCUCCCAGUGAUCAUGCUGUUAUUGCUGCGAGUUGCUGGGAUUAUUCUUCCAAUCUACAUCAUAAUUAAAGCAGUCACCUCCAUCAUACGUCGUCGACAGCAGCAGACGGCGCCUGCACCUGACGUAGAAUCGAGCCCGUUGCCUCUGAAUCAGCCAGAUUUGAAUGCAGUCAGUUGAAGGGCUCAAUUUGCCAAUAAACUAGCCAUGGAAUUGCCAACCGCCUUUGCUGAGGUGGAAUUUACUCUGUCACAUUUCAUGUUUUAUAACUUAAAAUGUAAAUUUAUCAAGAAAAGAAAAGCAAAAGGUAAAGAAGUAGGCUAUGUUUGAGGUGGGAUUUUGAUACACCUCUGGAAGAAGCAUUUGUACAGAAUACUGAAAAUUGGAAUAUAGACAAAAAAACAAUCUUAAUUUGUAAA